AUUCUUAAUGAUAACAGGAACAGGAAAAGUAUUGUGAUUAUCAGUUCAAUUGAGUCAUUGUUCUUCUCCCUGGGAUCCUCCCCCUUGAUCGGGGUGAACGGUUAAUGAGUUUUCCAGCGCUUGUUUUUGUGCCAUCAAAAGAAAGGGAAAGAUUAACUGAAACCACCUGAAAAGACCCUGUGAGAAAAAGCAACCCUGCCUUUUCAGGAAUAAGAAUGAGCUGAGGAGGAUCGUGCAUAGAGGGCUGGAAUACUCACCAAAUGCUUCUGGAAACAAUACAAAUAUCUAUAGAAUGAGGAUUUUUCUUGAAAGAAAAGAUCCGUAUUUUCUCCCGGGAAUACCUGAAUGACGACGUUUGACCAGAGGAAUUGGAAGGCCUGAGAUCGCAGUGACAGCGAAAAGUCCACAUGACACCAUGCAGACGAAGUAAGCUUGUAGAGGGAAGCUAAAGCCAUGGGUUCGUCUCAGAGCUCUGGUUCAACCUCUGGAAACAAUGAGUCUUCUGCUGCAGGACCGUCCACCUCGCUCCCACAAGAGUUUCCUGUUCCUCUGGAGAUCCUGGAGGAGAUCUUCCUGCAUCUACCUCCCCAUCAGGUGGUUGGUGUUUGUCAGUCAGUGUGCCGUCAGUGGAGAGAAGUGGCUGACAGUGAGUCUCUGUGGAGAGAGCGAUGUCGAAGAGAGGGAUAUCGCCCCCGUGAUCCUUCCAAGAUGACCAAAGACUGGAGGUUGUUUUACUUCUUGUGCAAGAAGAGAAGAAAUCUUCUAAAGAAUCCCAAAGCAGAACAUGGAAUUACAGACUGGAAGAUCCUGGAGAAUGGAGGUGAUGGGUGGUCUGUGGCCGGAGUCAUGGUGCCACAUCCGAAUGAGACGGUCCAGAAAAACUUUGUGACUUCUUACGGGAUGUGCAGGAAGUCCCAGCUGAUUGAGCUGGAGGUGGAAGGUUACAACCCAUCGUUCAUGGAUCGAUUUCAGCCAGAAAUCAGAAUUUCUGAUUGGUGUGCCCCACGAUGGGAUUGUGGCUGUGAGUACAAUAUCUGUGUAGAAUUAUUGGAUGAAAAAAAAAAGCCUAUACAGACGUUUGCUCCUGAGAGAGUUUACUUUGAGCAGUGGAACGAUCAGAGUUGGACUCAGAUCACCCAUGUAUUCCAGGACUAUGGACCAGGAGUGAGGUACAUACACUUCAUCCAUGGAGGCAAGGACACACAGUUCUGGAAGGGAUGGUAUGGGGUUCGUGUCACUGACAGCUGUGUUGAGAUAAAUCCAGCGAUGGAUUCUUAGAUACUCACAAACAUUCUGCUUCCUGCCACUUUAUAACUAUUUCAUAAUUGCACCUGGUUUUCUGUAAUCUGCAGUCAUUUUACAUGUUGAAGGAGAGUUUUUUGUCCUAUGUGUAAGAGGCUCUGACUCCUGUAUGUGCAUCAGUUUCUUUGUGAAAUGUCAUUGUCAUAACACCCCCAAAGCCUCAUCGAGACCUAAAUGAGGAUUCAAGUUAGCAUAGCACGCUUCUGUGAUACACGGUUCAUGAGUUAAAGCCGUGCUCUACAGCGGAACUGAAACAACAUAUUUGUCCCCACACAGGUCAAAGGGAAAGUUUAAAAAAUAGAAAUCCUAAAUAUUUCAUGGGAAAAUUCAGGUUAAAUAAUUGUAAAUUCGCCAAAGUGUCUUACUCACACAUCUCUGCAUUGAGUUUGGUUGUUUUAGUAACAUGUCACAUCAUCCUCCAAAUCACAUUGAAUCCAAAUUAAAUUUAUUUUAGAUACGACACUGAAUGAAGUCCCUGUUUACUUUUCAUUUAUGUUUUGUAUCUGCCUUGUAAUUUGUGAUUACUGAAUGAAACAUCAGUUCCUACAUGAUUGAAUACAUUAAAGCACCAUCUUUACUUUCUAGAUAAUUAUAAUCCGUCUCUCUGUUGUUGCUGUCACCCCCAAAGCCUCAUCGAGACCUAAAUGACGAUUCAAGUUAGCAUAGCACGCUUUCAUUUAUGUUUUGUACGGCUUGUAAUUUGUGAUCAAGGUCUAUCUACUGAAUGUUACAUAAACAUCAUUGCCUACACGAUGGAAUAAAAUAAAAUAAUUAUAAUCCGU